AUGAGGAAGAGAGCAAGAGAGGAAACAACCCCGAUACAGCAGCUUUACAACCAACAGAUCGCUGAAGAAGAUGAUGACCAAGCCCAAGCCCUCCCUGCCUUCCCCAGCAUGAGCAGUGCCCUUUACCGCCACAGAAGGAAGACCAUACCCGUCCUGCCCCAAACCAGAGCCCAAGUGGACCUAGAUGAUGCCUGGAGCCAUACAUCAGAUGGGGACUGCUUCCUCCUUUUCAGCGAUGGAGAAGAAAAUAUUAUCCUUGCCUUUGCCACAGAUGGGCAGCUACAGAUCCUACAAGGUGCUGAGACGAUAUACAUGGAUGACACCCUGAACAGAGAACUUGCCCCCACUCGCCUGCAGACAGAUUUUGAACAAGCAGCAAUCCCUGCCAUCCAGUUGGAGUUCCCCAAUGCUGAAGUCAAGUGCUGCUUCUUCCAUUACAGCCAAGCCAUAUGGAGGAAGACACAAGACCUCGGGUUGGCUGUAGCCUAUAAAGAAGAUCAAGCAGUGCAACAGUGGAUUAGAAGGGCAGCAGAUCUAGCGCUUCUCCCUGCAGAUGAUGUCCAAGAUUAUGAUGCUCGCUUUCCGAUUCUCCUAUGGAAUCACAACGACACCACUGGCCCGAGGACCAACAACAACCUGGAAGGCUUCCACAACAAGCUGAAUAGAAGUCUUCCUCACCAACACCCCAACAUCUACCGUCUGAUAGAAGUCUUCCGAAUGAUUGAGAAAGCUGUCAAGGUGAAAUUGGCGCAGAUCAACCUCGGUGCACCUGAACCAAGUAGAAAGCGGGUCUACCGUGAGGUUGACAAUAGACUCCAGAGACUGAAAGAUCAACUGACUGAAGGAAGGAAGAGUCCAAUCCAGUUCCUUGAUGCUGCAGGUCACCUAUUGAAGCUUGGAUAG